CAAACUGCCUUGAUUAACUCCACAAAGUCAAGCCAGUUACCAUCUAGCUAGUAACUUGGUUGGUGCAACCCACCUAAAUCCACAAGACGGGGUUAAAAGCAGCAAUUACAACUCAAACGUACUUCGACGUUGCUUUCUUACACAAGAAUAACAACUGGAAAAGAGAUGCCCUAUAGCUUAGCUGAUUGAUAACUUAGAGCGAAAUGGCUGGUAGCGACAACCCGAUGGGGAUUAGCGCUGUGGAGGCUGUAGACUUGGAAGUGAAGAAGCGGCAAGGUCCCUCCUUGUCGAUUGGCUGUGCCGUCGAUGGCUCACAAAUGUCCGACCGUGCCAUGGCCGCAGCGUUGUGCUUGUUUAACAACCGCAGAGGUGACAAGUUUACCGUGUUGCACAUAAGCGACUCCACGAAGACGUACCUUUCUAAGCACCUACAACCCGCCCACCUCAAAAACUACUAUGUGGACAUGGCACACGGCGCGCGGGUCAAGUCCGAGUGGCUGUGUCGCGAGAAGGAGGAGGGCCGCUCCACAUGCGAGUGCCUCACGCGGCUGGCGGACAAGCUGGGGGCGGACCUGCUGGUGCUGGGCAGCUGGGGGCGCAAGGGGGAGAAGCUUGACAUGCUGGGCACCGUGUCGGACUUCUCGCUGCGCCAGUCGCACUGCUCCAUCUGCAUCGUGCGCUCCACGGGCGCCUCCAUCGGGGCCAUCACGGGCGGCGGGGGCGGCGGCACGGGGGUGGUGCAGCGGCCCGCGAAGUACCUCUUCGCGACGGACUGCUCGCACGCGGCGCACCUGGCCUUCUGCUUCCUGGUCAACUACAUGUACCGCCCCUCCGACACCGUCCAUGUGGUCAUGGUGACCGCCAAUGACGGGGUGGAGGAGCGCAAGUCGCUGGAGCAGUACCGGGACUACAUCCGCAAGCGCAAGCUGAACGGCGAGACGCACGUCAAGUGUAUCGACCGGUUGGUCAGCACGGUGCCGGAGGGGAUCGUGGACGCGGUGGCGGAGUACGGGUGCGACGUGCUGGUGGUGGGCAUCUCGGGAUACGGUCGCAAGAAGCUGGGCUCGGUGAGCCACGACCUGAGCACCCGCGCCUCCUGCACCACCAUCAUCAUCAAGGACUCCCGGGAUGUGGUCAACAACCGCUACAACUCCAUGGGCAUGAUGACGCUGGCGGGGGAGGUGGCCACCUCACCGGCGUAGGGGGGCGGGGCGGGGCGGGGCAGCAACACUCCUGUCCACCCGGUUAGGAGGGUCUUAGGAUGGCCAGUUCCUGCCUGCCUGUCGGCCUGCCUAAGCAAGCAAUGCCGCAUGCGUUGGUGUUCAAGCGCAGAUACACCUGGAAUAGAGCUUUGCUGGGACAGGAUGGGAUCUGGCUGAGGCCGUCUUCCUUGCAUGGGUGAGGCAGCUGCUACACCCAGGCAAAAGCGAUGUGUCACAGCGUUCGGCCUGUCUGUUUGGCAUGGUGCUAUGCGGUGUGAUGUGUCGACUGAUACUUACAGUGUAUAUUGCUAAGGGUUAUGCAAUGCCUAAUUAAGUAACAAAGGUAUCAUAUGGCUGAUCUUACUACCCUUUACUCCUACUCAGCUAUGCUUGGCAAGUCGUGCCAGCUCUUCGCGCGUCACAAAAGUGGUGUGUGGGUUUGUGUUUGCGGCAAAGCUACCAAUGGAAUGCGUUAUGCUGGGGGUAGGGCUGUCUGGCAAGCAGCCCCGUGCCCACUUUACAUGUUGACGCAGGGGCUUUGUGACCGUGGCUUUGUGACUUGUGAUUUGCUAUGCAUGGGGCACAGCGUCUGUGCACGAAAGGCUUCGGAAGCACCGAGACGUGCGACAAUGUGGUGCAAUGCCAAUUAGAACUGCGGUACCGCACGACUGGUACCUAACGGGUGGGAGGGGGCGUGUGGCCUCCGUCGUGUGCAAAAAUGUAUUGUGCACUCUCGCAUUAUUGCGUUUCGAGUGUGCCAACGUGCGUAAUCACUUCGUCUAAGAGAUGAGUUGGCAACUGUGAUUGACGCAGGGAUCUCUUGUGUCGUACACGCCUUUAUGCAGGCUGUACGGCUUAUGCCCGCUGCAAUGAGAAAUUGUGUUUGGAUGUACUUUAACUGGAC